CUCUCCCUGACAUGUGUUGCCAUUCAAUUCGAUUGCCAAACUAAACACACGUUUUUCGAGUUUGUACAAACAAUUCGAGCGUAAUUUAAAAACGUCUUGUGCAUGAAAAAAGUGACGCGUGCUACUGAACAAUUUGGAGACCGCGAAUCGAAACGUUGCUGACAGGCGGCAUCCCCAAUAGCGAGCAUCGCGAAGGGAUGGCAACACUGCAUACGCCGGCCAAGUUAUUAUGAUAUGUAAAAGGUGGACGUCGACACGUGUUUAAUAUUCGUGCAGACUCUUGAUCCGUUUCGGUCGUUGAAAAACCAGUGAAAACAUCUAGCAAAUACUUACCAAACACGCAAGUGCGGCGCAAAGCGAAAACAGUCGGCAAAAUAAGUUACCCAAGCGGUUGCAAGAGAUUCUUCAAUAUUCAGCGAAAAUGGUAUCCGGUCGUCCUCUACUCUACCUGUCACUGCCCGGUGUAGCAUUUAUACUCGGCGUCUUUUGGUUUCGUCGUAGAAAUAAAAAUCGUUUAGACAAACCCGAUGACGAGGACACGUCUACCGUGAAGGAUGCGGCAGCGGUGGAGCAGCGCAAGGUCAACGGUGUCCUGCAGAAUGGCAAGCAGCCACAGCCAGUGGCCAGCAAGUCGAUGAACAUCAAUGGAACCAUAGCCAACGGAAACGGAAAUGGAAAUGGAAACGGUAAUGGAAGUAUCGGCAGCGGCAGUGCCAGCGGAAGCGAUAGUCCCAACACGAUGCUGUAUGGCAAGUCGGCUCCCAUAAAGAUCCAGAGCAAUGGACGCAGCUCGACCUCUAUUGAUUCCGAGAUGCUCAAGUCAAAGAUUCAGGAUGCGGAGCACAAGAUACUCUGCUCUAUUGACGAGGCCUUUGAGAAUCUGUCGUCGCCUGUGGAUUUGCCGGGUUCGGUGAAAACCUCGUUUUACAACCGAAAGACUAGCCAAAAGACCGUGGAACCGGUGGUGAUUAAGGCCACGCGCACACCCAAGAUAUCGCCGGAGAACUCAUUCCUCGAGACAAACUAUACCAAGGAGUGCGAGCAGAACAAUAACUGUGAGCCCAAGGUGGAUUCCAAAGAGGCUGCCAAAGAGCAGACGGAGCAGACAGUGGACAGCAAUGGCAAUAAGAAACGCAACGUGGAUGCGGCCAGUCCCUCGCUGAGCAUCUGCAGCGUCCAGUCAGGCGAUUCGGGCACGGGUUCCAGCCUCCCCCGCUCGGAGGCGACGCGGGCCAAGACCACCUACGAGUUCCUCUUCCCCAUCAGUCUAAUUGGCCAGCUGUACGGACGGAAGCGGGCGUUCAUUAACCAGAUCAAGGCCAAGACUUUGGCCAGUGUGGCGCUCAGCAAGAAUCCGUACUCGAGCAAGGUGCGCAUCUGCACUAUCGAGGGCACGGAGAGCGAAAUAGAUGCCGCCUUGGCCAUGAUCCGUCAACGUUUGCCGGCCAAGCGGUAUCCCAACUUUACCAUGCAACGCAUUCACUUUGCGCUGCCGCAGACCAUAGUUCCUCUUUCCACGGAAAGCCUCUACAACCUCCAACUGAAACUAAUCGAGGGCAUCAACAAUGAUGUGGUGGUGAGUGCCGUGCUCUCGGGCUCGCAUAUAUUUGUCCAGCAUCCGCUGCAUCCCUCGCAUCCCUCGCUGCCGAUGCUGCAGAAGCAGCUAUACGAUAGCUACUCCACCAUGGAGGCACCACAGUUGCCCAGCCUCGAGAUCAGUGCUGUCUGCGUGAUCGCCAUCAAUGGGGUGUGGUAUCGUGUCCAGAUUGUUGACACCGAUGCGGAGGAUGAGGAGCGCUGUCUGGUUAGGUUCCUUGACUUUGGUGGCUACAUGAACGUGAGCUUCACAUCGCUGCGUCAAAUUCGCACGGAUUUUAUGAGUGUGCCCUUCCAGGCCACCGAGUGCAUCCUGUCCAAUAUUGAGCCCAUCGAUGCGGCCUGGUCCCAAGAGGCGGCCGAGAUCCUCAGCAAACUUACCAAAGGCAUUGUCUUGCAAGCACAAGUCGCCGGCUACAAUAGUCACAACAUACCAGAAAUCUAUUUAUUUGCAUCCCUAGGCCCAAAUAAUGUAAUUUUUAUCAAUAAGGAACUGGUCGCCAGAAAUCUCGCGAAGUGGGUGGAGAUGCGUGACUAACAAACCAAGCAAGCUAAGUAACAAAAAUCUACAUUACAACAACAACUGAAUGCUUCAAACACUACAACAACAAGAAAAACAACAUGAAGAGGGAAUCAUGCAACUUGGAGGAUACAAAAGCUUGAGACAAUAGCAUAUAUUUGCAUAUAUAGCUUGCAAGCGAAUCCCAGUUACCAAAUUGUGUCGUUAAGUUGUGUAGGAAGCGACUGAGCCUAGAGAGAGUGCAUCCCCAUCCCCUAUAUAAUCAUAUAUAACAUCAUAUAACACACACACACACACGCAUAUAUAUAUGUAUAAGAUCAGCACACCUAACAAGCCAACAACUAAUCCCAAACACACACACAGACACAACAUGGCACAGGCAGAGUGAAGUGUUAGGCCCAGGAUUGGAGGUAAGCUAGGAGUGGGAGUUCGGUUAGGUGAGGCGUCCCUAGGGGAUCGGUUCGGAUCGGAUCUAGUUGAGCUGUGAGGGUAGCUGCCUGCAAGCCUGCAAAUUGAGAACCGCUUAAGAUAUUACCAUACUCAGUUUAUAAGUACAUAGAUUACAUACAUAUAAAUACCUCUAGUGUAAAUAGUUUUUAUAAAUUUAACAAGUAAAAACGAAAUACACACAAAAACAAACUAGACUAAAAAGCAUACCAAUAUCAAGCAAGGAAAAAAAUUAACAAAAACGCAAAAAAAAAUUAGAACAAAAGAAAAUGCGCAAAACAAAGGCAAUUAUCUGUUUUUGGCAAAUGUUGAAGCAAAAAAGAAAAAACAAAAAAAGCUGACAAAUAGUAAAGAAAACGCCAAGAUAAAAUAGGAAAGCUAAAAAAAAAACCAACAGUUUACUUUAAUUUUAAAGAUAUUUUGGUUGUAAAUAUAUAUUAUAGGAGGUUUUUUAUAGAUACAUUUUAUAUAUAAAUACAUUUAAAUUGUAUAUCGACGCAAAUUGAUGAGGAUAGUGUCUAAAAAACGUAUCGUUUAAAUACCCCUUGCAAGAAAUUCUUUGUUUUUAAAUUCGUAUUCAUAGUGAAAGCACUCAAACCGUGACAAGUACAAGAAUAUAUAUGUCCGAAUAGAAAGCAGAAAGCAGAGAGGAAAGGGAAGGCAGCUCAUCAAAACCAAAACACCAAACACAUCAGUACCCUAAAGAAGCAAACACGAAGCAGCCGCACUAAGCCACAGAAUGCCUAAACUAAACUUAACUGAAAAAAUACAAAAAUACAAGCAAGUUAAUAUAUAAUUUGUAUAUGCGUGUGUGCCAUUGUUAGUCAAGAAAGAACAAUUAGAGAACCCUGGGAAUAUAACAAUUUAAAGCUGUUUGAAAAACCCCCUAAGAACUCCAUUGUAAAUAUAAACCAUAGCAAGCAAAAAUAAUAAUAGUAAAGAGCAAAAAGAAACGAAGCUCUGUUAAAAGGAGUGAAGAACACCUCUAAAAUGCCUUGCUUUCGAAAACUCUUUUAAAAGUCACUUAAAACCUAAACCCAAAACCCUUAAAUCUUUAAUCACUGAAGCAAUGAAACAAGGAAUCGAGUAAACUAUUUAAAUGUAAGGCAAUCACUCGCUUACAGAGCUACCAAUUCUGGGUCUAAAGAAAGCACUCUAUAAUCAAUAACACACUAACCCCGCACACACACACCAACCACACACGGCAUACACAGCAUACGACAAGGAAUCAUGUUAAACAUAUUUAUUUUGUUGAAGAGAAUAAAAUUAAUUCUGCAUUGAAAGUAGAAUGUAAAGGAUAUCCAGCAGCAAGGAGAGAAACCACAUAUGCUGGAUAUAAAUUCGUCGUUGUUGUCGUCAUUGUUCUCAUUGUCGUCAUUGUCAUGUCGAAAAUAAAGCAUAAUUUAGUUAAUAAAAACGUACAAGUGAUGAUUAUGCAAAUGUAUCUGUAUAUAUCCACACAUAUAUAUCGAUAUCUAAAUACUA